CGGAGUUUCCGGGAAUCGCUGCCUCGGUUCACCUGUGGUCACUCUUUCUUUUUCACUCUUCAAGUGGUUACGUGUGCUCAUUGCGGAAUUUCAUUCACGGCUAUUAAGAAUUCAACCAGGCAACUUAUAAGAGUUACUGCAGUUUCAACGCGAGACGUAGUUAGAAACCGUUUGUUUACUUCCAAGAAAGUACAUCCACACCGGACUCCGAGAUGGCGAACCAAGACCAGCAAGCGGUGUCGGUGCCUCGGAAGCUCUGGCAACACCCCAACCCCGAAAGCACCCAGAUGUACCACUUCAUGCAGGACCUCAACCGCGAACACAACCUCCAUCUCAAGACCUUCCGCGACCUGCACGCCUUCUCCCUCGCCCACCGCACCGCCUUCUGGGCCUCCCUCUUCGCCUCCGCCAACCUCCUGCACGAGGGGUCCUACACCACCGUCGUCGACGAGUCCCUGCCCCUCGACGCCGUGCCGCGCUGGUUCGACGGCGUGCAUCUCAACUUUAGCGAGAACGCGCUCUACUCGCGCUGUCGCGCCACCGGGGAACGGGGCGUGUGGGGGAAGGAGGAUGGGAAGGUGGCGGUUACGGAGGUGAGGGAGGCGGGGAGUGCCGUGAGGGAGGUGACGUAUGGGGGGCUGAGGGGGUUGGUGGGGGGGAUGGUGAGGGCGAUGGAGGCGAGGGGGGUGCGCAGGGGGGAUCGGGUGGUCGUGGUCGCGGCGAAUAGCGUCGAGACGGUGGUGGUCUGGUUGGCGGCCGCGUGGUUGGGGGCCGUGUUUAGUAGUAGCUCGACGGAUAUGGGCGUCAAGGGGAUUUUGCAGAGGGCGGUGCAGGUUGAUCCGAAGUUCCUGUUCAUGGAUGAUGCCGCGCUGUAUAACGGCAAGGUGGUCGACCUUAGGGAGAAGAUGGCCGAGAUCGUGGACGGGUUGAAGGGGUGCUCCAACUUCGAGGGUGUGGUGUCGAUUCCCCGGUUCGAGGAACCCAGGGAUAUCUCCCGCGUUCCCAAGUCGGAAACGCUGGCGUCGUUCCUCUCCUCCGCGGCCAAGGACGCUCCCCUGCCGGACUUCGUGCGCGUCCCCUUCCACGAGCCCUUCCUCAUCUGCUACUCGUCCGGCACGACAGGCAUCCCAAAGGCCAUCGUCCACUCGGUCGGCGGCAUCCUCCUCAGCUACUACAAGGAGGGCGUCCUGCACGAGGGCCUGGGCGCGGAUAGCGUCACGCUGCAGUACACCACCACGGGCUGGAUCAUGUACCUCUCCAACUGCGGCGCGCUCCUGUACGGCGGACGCACCGUCUUCUACGACGGCUCGCCGUUCCAGCCCGACGCCACCAUCCUCAUCCGCAUCGCGGGCGAGCAGAAGGUGACCAAGCUGGGCAUCAGCCCGCGGUGGAUGUUCGAGGUAGCCAAGGCCGGGCUCCGGCCGCGCGACAUGGUCGACCUCUCCCACCUGCGCACCGUCACCUGCACGGGCAUGGUGCUCUCGGAGCAGCUCUUCGAGUGGUUCUACGACGUCGGCUUCCCGCCCCACGUGCACCUGGGCAACAUCUCGGGCGGCACCGACAUCGCCGGCUGCUUCGGCAUCAUGAACCCGCUCGAGCCCGUCUACGUCGGCGGCACCCAGGGCCCCUCCCUCGGCGUCCACGUCGCCAUCUACGACUCGCUGCUCCCGGACGGCGUGGUGGGCGAGGAAGUGCCCCACGGCACCCCCGGCGAGCUGGUCGCGGCCGCCCCCUUCCCCAACAUCCCCUGCUUCUUCUGGGGCGACAAGCCCUCCGCCGGCACCAGCACCAGCAGCAGCAACAACAGCCCAGCAGCGCCGGGAACCAAGUACCACGCCGCGUACUUUGCACGGUUCCAGCACGUGUGGGCGCACGGCGACUUCUGCGUGGUGCACCCGGUGACGGGGGGCAUCACGUUCCUAGGGCGGGCGGACGGGGUGCUGAACCCGUCCGGGGUGCGGUUCGGGUCGGCCGAGAUCUACUCGGUGGUGGAGCGGCGGUUCGCCGACCGCGUGCAGGACUCGCUGUGCGUCGGGCAGCGGCGGCCGCGCGACGCCGACGAGUCCGUUAUUCUGUUCCUGCUGAUGAAGCCGGGGGUGAGGUUUGAUCGGGGGUUGGUGAAUGAGAUCAGGCAGGCUAUUGCGGCGGACCUGAGUAAGCGGCAUGUGCCAAAGUAUAUCUUUCAGACGCCUGAGAUUCCGACAACGAUCAACCUCAAAAAGGUCGAACUCCCCGUCAAGCAGAUCGUUUCGGGGCGGACCAUCAAGGCCAGCGGCACGCUGGCUAACCCGCAGAGCUUGGAGUACUACUACCAGUUCGCUAAGGUGGAGGAGCUGGUUGGGCCGAAGGAGAAACUGUAACGGUUAGAUAUUUCGCAGUCAGUUCGGAGACGGGCGAGGGCGCUUGAUAUUUGAUAGCGUAGACAUUAGACCCAUGCGAGCCAUGGUCAUAUUUUCCCCUUUUCCCAAUCUCCUGCCCCUGACGACCGACACCCCUUGUACUUGGUAAUCGUUCCCAUAAAUGCCCGGCGCCAUCGCUAUGCAUGCCAUGCCGUAACCCCAACGGCAGUGAUCCAUCCUAAGUAGUAGGCCGAUACAAAAGAAAAUGCAGCGUGUAUCCGUCGCUGAAGCAAAUCCACCCCCAUCCUCCAACUCAAUAAUCAUCGCUCAUAUCCAUCAUCGCAUCCCCCUUCUCAUCCACCUCAAACCCCCCACCACCCGCACCACCACCCGCACCACCACCACCCCCAC